CACUUCAAUUACCAAAGCCGCUAUUUAAAGUCGUCAAAAAGUACCAUGUCAGAUCCUUGUACUAACAGCAGCCAGGAAGCAAUUGCACGUUUGAGGGAAUUCGGAUAUGCAUUCAAUGAAGCUGGCGAACUACGCAAAAUAGAUGCAGCCAGCGGCAAGCCCGGUGAUCUGCCUUAUGAAUUUAAAGGCGACAAUCCGGCUAUAAAUCAGGAGCAUUACGAACAACUAGCCAAUCAGAUACCCGACAUAAUAUAUGAGCUACUGGAAAAGAAUGGAUUAAAGAGGACCUAUGUACCCAUUGGAGAGCCCAUUGAGCGUUCCACUUUCGUCUUCACACAGCCUCAACCUCUGGCCCACUCGAAGAAGCUGCUUGUGCUCAUCCACGGCAGCGGCUAUGUUCUGGCAGGCCAAUGGGCAAGAAGAUUGAUUAUUAACAACUCUCUGGAGCAUGGAACACAGCUGCCAUAUAUACAACGCGCGCAGAAGCUGGGCUAUGAUAUACUCGUCACGAAUACGAAUGACACCACACGUAUAAUAAAGGGCAAGCGUACGCCUAUCAAAGGUGUAGACAAUUCCAUGAAUCAUGCCGCUUAUGUAUGGGAGCAUAUAAUCAUGCCAUCGCAACCUGAAAGUGUGGCCAUAGUGGCACAUAGCUUUGGUGGAUCUGUGUGCAGAGCUCUGGCGGAAAAGUUUACGAAAUUUUUCAAAGAAAAAGUAUAUGCCAUUGCGCUAACCGACGGCACAGUGGGUAAUCCGCCAGCUAGCUGUCAAAAAUACUUUCUAGAUGUAACCUGCAAUUGGGUCUCCAGCAAUGAGCCGCUUGACACCGAUCUAACACAUGGUGAUAAGGAUAAAAAUAUAACUUGCGUAUCUGCUGGACAUCCGGAGCACGAAUGGACCUCCUCUGCAGCCAUCGAAUCUGUCUUUAAGUUCCUAGAGCAAAAGCACCAGAAGUACGCAGAGGCCAAGCAGAUCUAAUCCGCCUAGUGUAAACUUGUUACUCACAUCAUCAAAUUUUCCAAUGUGAUGUGCAUCAUCUCAUCAUCUAUGUGCAUGUGACACUUAUCCCUUUACCCUUUACCCUUUAC